UAUUUAUUUUUGAAAAUAUUUAUUCGAGUCUACAAUUUCAGGGUUCUGUCAAAGCCAACGCGAGUAUCUCCCUCGCUCUGCAGUCGGCUGCUCUCUCGCUACAGCUCUCUCUCUCUCUCAGGACCGACUCUCCUUUUAUCUCUCCACUGGUAUUUACAUGGCGAGGCCUUUGUCAAAUAUAAUGUUGAAGGGCAUUGCAGGUCUCUCUGCAGUGCGGUCUACUAGAACUGUUUUUGGAUCCUUUAGUUGCAAUGGAAUGAGAUAUUCAACUACUGUCCCCAGUGAUCCUGAUACACAUGAAGAUUUUCGGCCAAAUAAUAAGCUUGAGAGUUCUGGAAUGUCUUUGAAAGAUAUUGUUGAACAGGAUGUAAAGGACAAUCCAGUGAUGAUUUACAUGAAGGGGGUGCCUGAUCUUCCUCAAUGUGGAUUCAGUGCCCUGGCAGUAAGAGUGCUGAAACAGUACAAUAUUCCCUUGAGUGCAAGAAACAUUUUGGAGGAUCCUGAUCUGAAAAGUGCUGUAAAAUCAUUUAGCAAUUGGCCCACAUUUCCACAGAUUUUUAUCAAGGGAGAGUUUAUUGGUGGAUCAGAUAUAAUUAUGAACAUGCACCAGAGUGGUGAACUGAAAGAAAAGCUCCAAGAUGUUGCAGCCAAUCAGAAGUCUGAAUAGUUCUCACAUUGAAUAAAAGAGUAGAUUUUGCUUGUGCUACAUGAACACAUAGUUGAACUUGAAACCACCAGGCGACAAAAUUUAUGGUUUAGAAGAAACUAGAACUACCUAGGAAACAACUUGGGAAAUUUUCUUUUGUCAUGGAAAUGAAUUGCGCGUCAAUUUUACCUGCAGCUUUCACCAUCUGUUCCAUGAAAAGUAUUUGUGGAGGGCAUUUUUCUGUUUGUACAAUAAAAACCCUAAUAGUAGUUUUUCAUUCAAAUAGACCAGUGGUCUACCUAUAUUGAAAAGCGUAUAAUCCCAUUUUCAGUUGUA